AUGAUUGCCCUCGGCGGCUCCAUCGGCACGGGCCUGACGAUUGGCACCGGCGGCGGUCUGGCCACGUCGGGCCCCGUCUCGCUCACCCUGGGCUUCCUGUUCAUGGGCAUCAUUUGCUACGCCGUCAUGGCCGCCCUGGCCGAGAUGGGCACCUACAUGCCCCACGACCGCGGCUUCCCCGGCUACGCCACCCAGUUUGUCUCGCCCGAGCUCGGCUUCGCCGUCGGCUGGGCCUACUACCUCAAGUACACCCUCGCCCAGGCCAACAACCUCAACGCCGCCGCCUACAUCAUCGAGUUCUGGUCGCCGGGCGUCAACGGCGGCGUGUGGAUCGCCAUCUGCCUCUGCCUCAUGGUCACGAUCAACUACUUUGGCGCAAAGUCGUUUGGACGCGUCGAGUACCUCCUCGGCUGGGUCAAGGUGGCCACCAUGGCCAUGCUCAUCUGCAUCAACAUCGUCCUCUUCUUUGGCGGAGGCCCCACCCACGACCGCAUCGGCUUCAGGAACUGGACCAACGGCACCGCCUUCCUCGAGUUCAAGGCAAAGGGCGCGGCGGGACGCUUCUUGGGAUUCUGGCAGGCGUUGGGCUCGGGCCUGUACGCCUACAUGGGCACCGAGCUCUUGAGCAUCGCCGUCGGAGAGGCCGCCAACCCGCGCAAGGCGGUCCCCAGCGCCAUCAAGAAGACGGUGUUCCGCAUCACGUUCUUCUACAUCUUCAACGUCGCCCUGCUCGGCCUCGUCGUGCCGGCGCGCGACCCGCUGCUGCGCGCCGCCAACAAGGCCAAGCUGUCGGCGACGGCCUCGCCCUUUGUCGUCGCCCUCGAGAUUGCCAAGAUCAAGGGGCUGCCGCACCUCCUCAACGCCCUCUUUCUCUUUUUCGUCGUCUCGGCCGCCAUCUCGGACCAGUACAUCGCCAUCCGCACCCUCUACUCGCUCUCGGCCACGGGCCAGGCGCCGGCCGUGUUUAGCCGCACCAACCGCCGCGGCAUGCCCAUGUGGUCGCUCCUCGCCUCGUCGCUCAUCAGCUGCGUCGCCUUUAUCAAUGUCGCCUCGGGCGGCGCAAAGCUGUUCAAGUACUUUGUCAGCUCCCUCACCAUCAUCGCGGCGCUGGCCUGGAUCUCGAUCCUGACGACCUACCUGCGCUUCCACCACUGCCUGCGCGUCCAGAAUCCCUACCUCUCCUGGGUCGCCCUCUCCGUCACGGCCCUCGUCAUGAUCUCGAGGGGCUGGGUCGCCUUUGUGCCCUGGGACCACGUCACCUUCAUCCUCACCUACAUUGGCCUGGCGUGGUUCCUGGUCAUGCUCGUCGCCUACAAGCUCGUGAUGCGCUCCAAGAUUGUCCCCGCCCGCCUCGUCGACCUCACCCCGCCCGAGCUCAUCGACGACUACGCCCAAGACGACGACGACAACGGGGCUGGCCAGGACGGCGGCGCCGGCCGUGCCUUGACCCGCGCCCUCCCCGCAAAGGCCGCUACGCUUGCACGCCGCGUCCUCCACCGCAAGGGCCAAGGCGAAAAGACGGACCCGGCGGUCCUCUAG